CUAACGCCUACCUGGCUUAACCUCACCUCGAUUUCGCCAGAUACGUCCAGCUGCAAACAAACGGACCUGUUAUUGAGUUUCAUACACAUCUGGAUCAAUUAGCAGUGAUUAAAGCCGACCUGACGGACUGAGUUGGAAAGGCAUUUGCAGAGGCAUUUGCUAUACCGCGAAAUGAACAACGCAAGAAGCCUCUAGCUCUUGAUAACGCGAACAUCAUGGCGGAGGUGGAGGUAGAGGAUCCCUCAAUUAUCGAGCUGCGGUUGCGCCAGGCCCGGGCUCUUCGAAACGUCACGGUCUUCAAAGCUCCCUUUCGGACGACAUGGUACUUCCUGCGCUACGCCACGAGCAGCGUGUACAGCGGGGCCAAGUGGCUAGCUAGCCAUCCCGUGACGUUGUUGGUCAUCUUGCCCGGGCUCAUAGCAUACGCGACUGCCAAGCAUGUGGGCUAUCAGGAGGACUUGAUUGUGCACAUCGAGGAGACCGUCAAGUAUGCGGUGUGGUGGGUGGGCCUGGGCGUGCUGUCGUCCAUCGGCCUGGGCACGGGCAUGCACACGGGGCUGCUGUUCCUGUUCCCGCACAUUCUCAAGGUGUGCCUGGCGGCUGAGACGUGCGGCCAUGUGAAGUUUGACAUCAGGAGUGACAUCUGGUACAGCAGCGAGAGCCUCACGUGCGGCGAGUGGCCGCAGCAGGAGGUCACCUACCUGGACCUGUUCUACAAGGUGAUAGUGACGUCGGUGCUGUGGGGCAUCGGCACGGCGGUGGGCGAGAUCCCGCCCUACUGGCUCAGCUACAGCGCGGCGGUGGCGGGGCAGAAGAAUGUGGCGCUGGCGGAGCUGGAGGAGGCGAUGCGAGCCAACACGGCGCAGCGGCACAACCUGAUCCAGCGAGCCAUCGCGCGCAUGGAGCAGUGGAUGAUCGGGUUCAUCCGCGCGCACGGCUUCUUCGGCAUCCUGCUGCUGGCGUCCUGGCCCAACGCCGCAUUCGACCUGUGCGGUCUGUGCUGCGGCAACUUCAUGUUCCCGUUCUGGAAGUUCUUCGGUGCCACGCUCAUUGGCAAGGGGUUCAUCAAGACCACGGGGCAGACGCUCUUCUUCGUGUCGGUGUUCCGGCGGCACUCGCGCGAGGCCAUCCUGGCCCGGCUGGAGCGGGCGCUGCCGGCGCGGCUGCCGGGGCUGUGGGGCGCCGGCGACGGCGCCGCGGCGUCGCUGUCGCCGGCGCACGAGCUGCACGCCUGGAUCAACAAGUCCAUAGCCAAGUAUCAGGCCAAGGUGCUGGCCAAGAGCGCCGCGCACCUGGCUGAGACGCGCUGGUGGUGGCGGCGCGCGCUGGACCGGCUGCAGGACCUGGCGGCCACGCCCGGCGAGCUGCGGCGGGUGGCGGUGGGGCUCAUCCCAGACACGGUGGCGGAGGUGUGGAGCUGGGUGAUGGUGCUGCUGAUGGCGGCGUUCACGGUGUCGUGCGUCAAUGCGUUCGCCCAGGCCUACCGCACGCAGCUGGAUGAUGCGGAGGUGGAGGCGGCGCGGGCGCGGCUGCGCGAGCGCGAGCGCAAGCAGCAGUAGUAGUGGCGGCGGCAGAGAGGCGGCAGCGAAUUUACAUACGUGCGUGUCUGCGUUUUGUGGAGCUGUGUGUGUUUCGUUUUGAGCAGAUGAUUUGCUGGGAUCGGAUGGUGCGGAUUUGCAACGCGAGUGGCUCGGCUGCCAGCCGCAUGUCUUCGUCUGAUAUUGUUAGCGGGACGCAUGGGGCUGUGCGGAAGAGCGUGGCCCGCACCUUGGCAACAGGAGGAGCUGUAAUUGUAGCAGGCAUAGGAGUCGUGCAUAUGCAGCGGACUGCGAGAGAGGUGCCGAAGCAUGGGGCGGGUUGUGCGUGUGCUGCAUGUGCGUGGUCGUGGGGUGUGGGUGUGGGGGGGGGGCGCAGCUGCAGUGCUGCACGCACCGGGCUGCCGUGGCAGGAGCAACAGCUUUCGGACCGUUGACAUACAGCGACGCAUGGAGUUGGGAGCCGCGACCGCAAGCGGACACGGCAGUCAAGCACCUGCAGCGAGUGUGAGGCCUGCAGCUGGUGAUGGUGAGAGUCGAAGAUCUCGGAUUGAGAGCAGCGCAAUGGUAAGGGACCAGUUUCCCGCCGAAGGCGAGCCAUGAAAGCAAGCUGUAAACGCGCAACCUU